AUGGGGGAAGACCGCCUCCUCGCACUGUGUGGCGGCUGUGCCCCUCUCGCAGCCGAAAGUAAGCAUUUAGGUCUUCAGUUUGCGUCUGUGGGCCCCUGGAAGUUCCGCGUGGUCACCCUUGACUCCCAGGGGCCCCUGCGGCUGCUGGGCGACACACCGGAAUCUGCCACUGCGCUUGACGGGGCCCCCAUAGAGGCCCCCCCUCCAGAGGCCCCUCCAGCCUCCAAAGACGCCUCUAUUUCCUCUUCAAAGAAAGGCAUUUCGGCCUUUUUCGUCCAUGGCCUCUGCGGCCGCGCGGGCCAGUUUCAGCACCAGCUGCAUUACCUGGCGCAGCGCGGCGUGCGCUGCAUCGCCCCUGACCUCCCUGGCCACGGACUGAGCACGUUUUCCAAGGGGGCCCCAGGGGCCCCCGGGGCCCCGGGGGUCCCCGGGGCGCCCCGGGCCUGGGGGCCCCUGGGGCCCCCCCCUGCAGUGUGCCCGCUCGAGGACACCGAGGCCAUCAUCAAAGCCACCUUUGACUCCCUCGCGGGCACCCGCAGCAAAGAAGAAAAGCCCCAGGGGCCCCAGGGGCCCCCGGGGCCCCAGAAGCCCCAGGGGGCCCCUUGGGGGGCUGUGCUGGUUGGGCAUUCUUCCGGGUGCGAGCUGGUGCUUGAGCUGUACAGACAGCUGGUGGCGGAGGGCCGGGGGGGAGAAGUGAAGGGCAUUUGUUUGAUUGGAGGAGAUGCGCGAGAAGGAGUGAAGUUGGACUUGGGCUUUUGUUGGCUGCUGCUGCAGCUGCCGCGGCUGCUGCUGCAGCUGCUGCGGUGGCUGCUGAGCCUCCCCUCGCAGCGCCUCCUCUACGGCAGAGAAACUAGAAAAGAAAACCCCCAAUUAAUUCAACACGAGAAACUCAUCAAUGCAGAAAACCCCCUCAACUCCAUUCUGCCCAUUCUCAACUGGUUCAAAAGAGGGGAGCGCCGCAAGGAGUUCCUCAAGGCUGCAGCAGCUUACCGCGACAGUUCCUCCCGGCCCCCCGUGCUGCUGCUCUACGGCGAAGAGGACUCCGUGUGUGCUGCUUACCCUGCUGCUGCUGCUGUUUCCAGGGCUUUGGGUGCAGCACCAAUCAGCAGCACUCCGUUGCCUGGCCCCAGCUACCUGCGACUUCCGUACACGGCCUGCGCCGUUGAGACGCCCGGCGGCGCCAGCAGCAGCAGCACGGCCUGCAGCAGCAGCAGCAGCAGCAGCAGCUUGCAUGCAAGCCCCGAGCUGUGGGGCAAACAGGGCGCACUCACGGUGGCCGUCGUGGGCCGCGCCGGCCACAGCGUUAUGCUGGAGCAGCCAUUGGAGGUGAAUCGGAUUCUUUGGGACUUUGUGCGUCAACAGCUGAACGAAGACCCAAAUGCCAAAUAA